GUUCUGUUCUGCGAUGCGAAACAAAGGCAGAGGUAAACAGAACACACACACACUCGCACACAUUCACUGCUGUUCCUUUCCUCUCACCAGCUCCCUUCUGCUCAGCUGUGCAGAAAUCUGUUUGUCAUUACCCCUGAAAUAAUGCUUUCUUUUCCUUUGCUCCUGGACUGCACAAGCAACUGUCACUUGAGGCAAUUCGGAAAGCUUGCGUGAGGGGUACAAAGUGAGACUCUCCCAGCCUGCCUGCUGUUUGUGUUGUGGGAAUUAUUCAGCAGACACAUUUUCAGAGCUGGAGGGACUUUCCUAUGUUUUGGACAAGACAGGAGUGGUGGAGCUUGAGGGGAACAGGGGCAGGGAGAGACAGAGAGAGUGUGUGGGUGAAAGAGAUAAAGGCACAGAGAGAGCAGAAGAGACAGAAAGAGUGCAGGAGAGAGAGAGUGAGAGAGUUGGAGAGAGAGAGCAGGACAGUGAGAGAGAGGUUCACUGGGUGCCUGGAACGUGAACAGCAGUUUCUGCAGUGAGCUGAUGUGCUCAGGCUCUUCACAAGACCGUUUCUUGGGACCCUGUGUCAUUACUGCCUCCCGGAGAUCCCAGCGGACACGCACAGCUAUCGGGGUGCUGCACAUGGCCGGGCCGCCUGCCUGCCACACACGGGCCUGGAGAUGAGCAGCAGACAGGGACCCCCGGACCCCCAGUGACCCAGAGACUCGCGCACCCCUUACAGGGAGGAAUGCUCCGGACACCCCUGCUGUCUGUCCUCUGGCAGGUUCCACACACUGCUCUGUCUGUGCCCUGCCAGCUCCGCUGAUCUCUUUUAAAGGCUGAAAGCAGAAAGACAGCCGGAACCUGCGGGUCCCCCCGGGCAGCAGCGGGAUGUCGGUGAAGCUGCGGUUCGAGAGCCCGGCUGAGGGCGGAGGUGUCAGGAGGAGCCGCUCCUUCGCGGGAUUCGGGACCCCUCUCAGCCGCCACGCACGGGUGUCCUCUGUGCGGAGCUCAGUGAGGUCCAGAGGCUUCUCAGGGAAGUCUCCCAGAAUGCCCCACUCUUCCAGGAGCCCGGUGGCGUCUCAGCCAGAGCAGGUGGAGAGGGUCUUCCAGACACUGCGGAGGGGGCUGAAGGAGUACCUGGAGGGGCACCAGGCAGAGCUGGACUUCCUGACUGCUCAGCAGCGGGACAGCAAAAGGAUCUCCAGACUGGCGUUCCUGUAUGACCUAGAAAAGGAAAUCAGAGCGCUGGAGAGGUACAUUCGACGGCUGGAGUUCCACAUCAGCAAGGUGGAGGAGCUGCACGAGGCCUACGCCAUCCAGUGGCGGCUGUGCACCGGCGCCGCCAACAUGAAGAGAGCCUUCGCCCUGUCGCCCUCCACCAGGGCGUCCCGCGAGAGCCUGCUGCAGCUGGGCAGGAGCCAGCGCCAGUGUCUGGAGGACAUGUUCAUGAUGGAAGGAGAACUUGAGCUUCUCUUAGGAGAGCUUCACAUAAAGAUGAAAGGGCUGAUUGGGUUUGCGCGUCUUUGCCCAGGGGAUCAGUACGAGGUGCUGAUCAGGCUGGGCAGGCAGAGGUGGAAGCUGAAGGGGAAGAUUGAGGCAGAUGACAGACAGUCCUGGGAUGAGGAAGAGAUGGUGUUCCUCCCUCACAUACAGGAGAACUUUGAGAUAAAGGUAACUGAGGUGAAAGGGCUGGGCUCAGUGCUGGUGGGGGUCGUGACUUGUGAGAGCUUGGACUUCUUCCAGGCCAGGCCACACAUCAUGGUGGUGGACAUCACGGAGCUGGGCACGAUCAAACUGCAGAUGGAGGUGAUGUGGGACCCCUUUGACAGCGGAGAGACCAGGCCCAUGAGCACCUCCACCAGCAAGUUGUCUGUUCCCAGUCGGAAGGGGUCGCUGUACAGCUGGACUCCACCCAGCACCCCCAGCUUCACGGAGAAGUACUUCAUUUCCGUGGCCAGGAGGCUUCAGGACCCAGAGAACUCCUUCGCCCUCAGCUCCCAGGAGUCUCGAGGGGUGUCGCUGUUGAGCUACCUGACGGACACCUCGCAGGGCUCCCAGUCCCCUGUGAUCGGGGGAGACGAGCCCCAGGCCGCUGAGGACGGAGCUCCUGUGGCCCCAGGUGUCCCCCAAGAGCAGGCGGAAGACACGCCCCUCCCCGCGGGCUCCCCCCUGCCCCAGCACAGGUACGGCACCCCGGACAUCCUGAAGCAGAAUGGAGACCUGCCUCCUGUCAGGGACCUGGCCAAAGGGGGCAGUCUGGAUUCGGACCCCCCAGCCGGGCUGGAUGCGCCCCGGCGGACCCCGGCUGAGGACCGGCGCCAGCGGAGGCGCCUGGCCCUGCGCAUCGGGCAGCUGCUGCUGGAGCUGGACGCGGCGGUGAAAAGCCAGGGCCGCGGAGAGAGGGAGCUGCAGCGGCUGGAGAGCCUGAUCCUGCACCUCGGGGACAUACUGAAGAACGAUCUCUACCUGCACAAGACGUCCUCCACUGAGACCCUGGCCGUGGAGGAGGUGCUGGGGAGCUUCGACUUCCUGUGCACAGACUUCAGCGCGGACGAGCUGUCGUGUCUGGGCAGCCUGAGGCAGGGGGACACAGGGAUCAGCACGUUCCGGGAGAGCACUCUAAGGAGCCUGGGGCUGCUCCACCAGGAUACCGCUUCCACCAGCAAACCAGAGGUCACGCCCUUCACCACGGGGAACUUCGGCUUAGAUCAGGCUCUGGAAAUUCACCUCUCGAUCUGCAGCGAGCUUCUGAAGCAAAUGAAGCAAAUGGACUCAGCCCUGGUCCAGGCAGAAAUUCUGGAAGAGCUUUCUCUGCAAGUCAAUGUGCUGGAGAAAGUCAGUAAGCUGUCACUAGGAAAGAAUGCAGAGCUAUACUCAGCAAAAGACAUUGUUCCCAAGUCACAGAGGCUCAAAGGACUUCUGGCUUUCUGGGACGAAUGCAGCGAGAACACUUCAGUCUUCUGUUGCCCUGCGGAGACGUUUCUGAAGACGCUGAGGAAAAGAUUCAUCCACAGACUGAAAGCCAAGCAGCCUGGGCAGGUGGACACAGUGUUCGCCCAGCUGCUGCAGCUCGUCCUGUCCAGCUGCAGGCUGGUCCCGGCCCCCCCGCGCUGCCCAGACCAGGUGACCGUGUUCCAGUUCUUCGGCUACCUGAGCAGGUGUGGGCUCACGGACUUCGGGGAGCACCUCUCCCACCUCGCCAGCGAAGUGACCCUGAUCGGAGCCCUGGAGAGCCCCGGGAGGAGGCGGGCUCUGGACAAGCUGCGCGGGAAGCGGAUCGCGGAGCUCCAGCCCCUGGGGCGCACGCUGCAGCUCCUGGCCGCCCUGCAGGUCGACGCCAACAGCAGGGUGGCCAAAGCCGCCACGUCCUGCCUGUCCAAGGCCUCUGCAAGCAAGAGCUUCAGAGCAAAGGCUGUCGUGUUCUACACAGAGGCCCUGAAGGACCCCAGCCCGCGGUGCCAGCAGGCGGCGUGCCUGGCUCUCAAGUGUCUGAAGGCAGCGGAGAGCGUGGACCUGAUCGCGGACCUGUGGCGCAGCGCCGACGAGGACGUCCGACACGCGGCCCGCGAAGCAGUGCUGUCGUUCGGCAAAAAGGGCCACCUUGCAUUUCAGAGGAUGGACAAAAUCUGCCUUGAGCUGCAGGAAGAUGCCUUCCAGAACGCGGACACAGAAAUAACAAUACUGUGAGGCUGUCCUCACAGCUUGGGCAGAAACAUGAGGGCUGGCCACUGGCAGGCACCAGGUUGGCUCGGGUGCAGGCAGAGCAUUCGAACCUCUCACCCCCUGGGCCGAGGUCAAAGGUUAUCCAGUCCAGGCCCCAGGAGACAGAGAGACAGCAGAAAGAACAGCAAGGCAUUGUGGGAAAGGUUGGAGCUGCAGCUGGGAAAAAUCUCCAUGUAUAAAGCUUUUUGUAAAAUGUUGUACGUUGAAGAAUAUAUUUGAUAAAUGCUAAUUUUAUAUUUUAUGAAUAUUAUACGCAAAUGUUUCAUACAGAGGAAGUUUUAAUUCAAUACUGUGCUGAUUUUACUGGAAGGCAAGAAAUGAACUGCCCUUUUUUCACUGCUCCACCUGUUCGGCUGUUGGGAUCUCUGGAGAGAUAAUGGCAAAGCCAACAGUGAUGGCCAGACUCACCUUUUCAGCAGAAGAGCAGCUAAAGGAUUGGGGAUGCAGGCUUUAAGGCUUUGCUUCAUCAGGAACACCCGUAAAGUUCUCACAGUAAGUUAGUGCGGGGGUCUCCAACCCUGAACCUCCAGGGUUAGGCUAAUAGGUCACCUGUUUUCAAAGACUGACAACACCUGUGAGCUAGUGAUGAAUCAAGCAGGUCAUCUGUUCCAAGAGACCUCUAGUCCUCAAGGACGGCAAAUUACUUAGACUUUUCCCACAAUAAACACUGACACAAACUGGUUUUGCUGGUGAUGGAAUCAUUCAAGACCUUUGCAAACUGGUGAUUUUAGAUGACCCUGCUGGGCUCUCCAGGACCAGAGAUCCCUGCCUUAGAAUCUCAGGAAAAAUCUUCUUUAUUGCUAUUUGAAAGCAAGUAGAAAGGAAAGUCUUCUCCUAUUCAUGUGGGAGCCACCUGUACACAAGCUAGGGUAUCCUAGAGUGGUGCUAUUGUGAAAAUUCUGAAUUCACUGCAAACACAACAAUUUAUAUUAUCGAUUUUCCUUUACAGAUUAAAAGUUACUUUUGAGUUUAUCUGCCGUAUAGGCUUAAGAAAAAUCUAAUUUCAUAGUAGUCUUAAAAUCAAGCUGAUGUGUUUGAGAGGGCUGGUAAAGGGGCAUACAGGGCCACACACUGUGCAGGACCUGUAUGCUCCAUUCUGAAAGCCGAUUUUCUCUAAAUGCCAACAGCCCAGUGUGUCUGUGGUUCACCUCGCAGCGCCCAUUAGCCACCCCUACCUGUACAAACCCUGACGCAAAACCGCUGCCCGAAGCCGAGAUUACAGGCAGCCGAGACGCAAUAUGUUAUUAACGCAAUCAGUGGAAGGAAGUGACACAGGCUCUAUCACUCUGCUUUCCUUUGCUUCAUAACCAUGCAUGCUGUACAUCUAUCCUGCAUAAAUACAUGUUAAAUAUUUUAACGGCUUGCUGUACCUGUAUAGGAUGAGAUGAAAAUUAGUUUCAGGGUCAAGCACACAGUUUAUCACUAAUUCAUACUAUUUGGAGCACUGACAGGCUUGUUUCUAAUAUCACCAUACAAACCGUGUAUCUGGGGAAGUUUUCCAUAAAGUGAAAGUGUUUGCA